AUGUUGAAGAAACAAAUAAUUAGAGAUCAGAAGAAAGAUCAACAACAUCAUUCUUACAAUUAUCAUAAACAUGAGAAAGACUAUGAUGAUAACAAAGAAAAGAAAAACGUUAAAAUUGUACCAAAAAUAUUGAAAGACCGAUGGCAAAUAAAUUCAGUCAUUGGAAGUGGAUCUUUCGGUUACAUUUAUAUGGCCAUAGAUCGAAUGACAGAUGAAAAAGUUGCACUUGUGAGAGAAAGUAAGAUGUAUAGAAUUGUCGAAGGACCGGGUGUGCCUAAGAUGUAUUGGUCUGGCAGUGCUGGAGAAUAUAAUGUGAUGGUACUGGAAAUGCUUGGUCCGAGUUUAGAAGAUUUAUUUAAUUAUUGUCGAAAAAAAUUUUCAUUGAAAACUGUGCUUUUAUUAGGACAACAAAUGCUGGAAAGAAUUCAUCAUAUUAAUCGGCGUGGGAUCAUUCAUCGUGAUAUUAAACCUGAUAAUUUUGUUAUGGGCACUCUCGCACAAUGUCAACAAUGUUAUUUGAUUGAUUUUGGUUUAUCAAAGUACUAUUUAGAUCGUAGAAGAAGGCAACAUAUUGAAUAUCGAGAAGGAAAAAGUUUAACGGGUACUGCCAGGUAUGCAUCGUUACGAACCCACAUGGGUAUCGAGCAAAGUCGUCGAGAUGAUCUCGAAUGUCUUGGAUAUUCCUUAAUCUAUCUGGCGAAAGGAAAACUUCCAUGGCAAGGAAUAAAAGCUGAAUCAAGAACUGAAAAACAAGAAAAAAUUUAUCAAAAAAAAUUGAAUACAAGUCUCAGUACGUUAUGUAAAGAUUUCACAGAAGAAUUUGUUCAUUUUAUAAACUAUGCACGCCGACUGGGUUAUGCAGAAGAACCGAACUAUUCAUAUUUAAGUGAUUUGCUGAAAGAAGUGUUUUCAAAGAUGAAUCUUAAAGAAGAUUGUGAGUAA